AAAACCAAAGAAUGAUAAACAGAUUGAUGUAAUAUCUAGUAGAAGUCAAUUUAGAGAACUUGCUGAGUAAUUACUCAUUUUAUUUAUUGCAUGGAGGACUUUUUUAUUUUAGGGACAGCUUAAAUAUUUGUGUUUUGAGAUCUUGGAACAUUUGCUACUGCUCUAGGAACCCAUAGCAACCAAUUAUCUUGUAGCAUUUAUUGGACAGCUGUUUAAACAACAAGCAUGUGGUUCCUAGACUAUUAGUUCUGUGUGUUUAAAACAACUCAUAUUUAUCUUUUGUGUAAGGCAAGCCCUAACGUCUGCAAGCAGUCUGUCAUUUCAGUUUAAUUGAACCAACCAGAAUACAAUUGUUUUACUGGUGCCAUCAUAUGGAAAGGACAGACAGCCUAAAGAUGGAGACCAAACAAAGAGGAAAGUUCUCCUCUUUAGACAAACGAGAAGCCAAGAAGGUGCUUGAGAGAUAUGUGAAACGAAGCUUAAGCAACUCUUCUGAAAAGACUGCAUACAAAGGAACUGAGAAAAGGCAGAAAGAAAUUGAAAGAUCUGCUAGUGAUAUAGUCAGACCUGGCACAAUGAGGGUCAUCAUGAAGGAGGGCAAACUUGCACAACAAACGCCUGAAAGUACAAAAGCACAGACAGAAGACAGUUCUAACAUAACAGGAAUUAAUGAUGAAGCAGCUAACCCAAACCUGGUCAAUAGUACAGACAAUGCAAACACUUCACAAAAUGUCAAAAAACAGUCCUGGUUUAAGAAUUUUUUUGGUUUAUUAUUUAAAAAGAAAGAUGACAAGAAAGAGGAGAGGACUACUAGCUGUAUGCCUGAAGAUAACGCAACCAUUUCCUCUGAGGCCGUCUGUCCUCAGCCACCCAAAAAAACUAUUGGAAGGAAAAAUAGCAUCAGAAAAGCAUUUUCUUUUAAAAAGAAAGCUGCUGAAAAAGUUAAUGUAAGCCAAGUGCAAGCAGAUUGCGAGUGCAACAGUAAACCAAAGAGACCUACAGCCCUUCCAUUGCAGCACAUCUACAGGCCAUCUUCAUUCAGAGGAAGUAAAAAGAAAAAAGAUUGCUUCUAUGAUAAAGUGACAGAUGAGAUCGAACAAAUUGUUAAAGAAAGCGACAGCCUUGCUGCACAUACAAGGAAGGAGAGUUUUGGUGAUGAAUUAACUAGCAAAGAAGCAGAGGAUCCUGAUGUCCUAAUUAAAACAAUAGUCUCCAUUUUAAGAAAAGAAGGAGAUGAACUGAAUAAGAAGGUUAAAGAAGAUCCCACGCUCUCUUCCUUCUUCAGAGAAAUUUCCUAUAACUCAUUCAGACACCUCGCAGAUGUUUAUGUUGACAAGGAAGUAAAAAACAAAGUCUCAGACGUGACACCAGAAGACAUUAAAUUUGCAUACUCUGUUGACUUCACAGCUAAGGUGGCUUGUAUUUCCAACCAUCCUGUAAAUCGAAUCAUGGGCUUUGGCAACAAGUAUCUUCAAGAUACUUUUCCGUGUCCUUCAUACAUUAGAAGACCAUGGAAUAACAGCGUGGAUCAAGAUGAUGUUAUCAGCCCAGACUGAAAAGACAGACAUGAGAUUUAACACUUCAACAGAGCCCAUUCGCUGUACUGAGUAGUAACACUACACAUAUAUAUGUAGCACAAUACGUUUGCACUGACUAAAUUCUGUUUACACCAAUGUGACUCCGGUUUGUACCAAACACAUGGAAAAUGUGAAAUAUGCUGCAGAUUUCUGCUCUAGUGAUGUUAAAUGUUUAAAUAUUAAUGAGCCAGUGUGCGUCCUAUAAUCCAUGGGCCCUAAUUGUGAAACAUAACAACUUCUUCAUUUCUGCUAAACCAAAUGUGAAAGGCUUACCCUGACUAUUCAUGGUUGGUGGACAAUACGUUAGCAAUGAAGAUGUAGGAAACCAGCUGUCAGUUCUGUAAUGUAGUACUUUUGCUGUGUGUUUUCUCAGUGCUGCACCAAUGCUUACUUUUCAUUAGUUACAUUUUGUUGAUUAUACAAAGUAUCCAGCUGGCUACAAAGGAAUUUCAGCUGUGUAAGGAGCCCCUACAGCAGUGAUUCCCAACUAGAGCUCAUGAGCAACAUAUUGCUCACCAACCCCUUGGAUGUCGCUUCCAGUGGCCUCAAAGCAGGUGCUAAUUUUUAAACAGACCAUAUAGGCCAAGUACUUCCAAACAGAGCCUUCUGUAGAUUUUCAUUCCACAUGGGGCUACCAGUUAACCAAUCACAGCCCUUAUUGGACACCUCCUAGGUACUUUUUUUCAUGCUUUUGUUGGUGCCCAAUUUUUACUUUUUAUAUUUAAAUGUGGCUCAUGGGUAAAAAAAAGAUUAAUGCGUAAUGGUCAAAUCUAAGGCAAAUAUAUUUAAUUAAUAGAACUGAUUCAGAAAAUCUUGUAAAUUAAUGAUUGCUCAUUGAUGUAUUCGCUAACCUGGACAUAUAUAUAAUCUGAAGUGAUCUGAAUGUUUGCCCUAUGGGCCCUUUGAUGGGAUGACAACAAUAUGUGCAGAUGUCUUGUUUACGUAACAAUAAUAGGACAGUAGCAUAAUAGAGGAAUUUGCUUUUCUCAGCAGACUGGUAGCCUUUAUUAUUGCUCUUGGCAGUUUUAUAAAUGCUGCAACUAAGAAAUGAUGGGCAAACCAAUGCACAUUGAAAACUGGGUAAAAUAUUUCUGUCAUAUUUCAGUUACUUUGUCCUAUGCAUAUUUGCACUUUAGACAUUUCAUUGCAUUUCUUCCUAUAAUGUUCUGAAAAAUUCUUUUGUUUGAUACCUCAAACUGCUACAUUCCUUGGGGUUUGUUUUCUCAUUAUACCUCUAAAUUUAGCUAUUUUAAAAUAAAAGAAUUUAUUACAUGCUGUGUAUUUAUUUGCUGUUCAGAGUUUAUGGAAAAUAUGCACUGUAACAUACGAUCCAGAAAUAUUCAGUAUGUACACUGCACAUUAUUAAUUUGUAGCACAAACAAUGGGGCACAUUUAUCAAAGGUAGGAAAUGUAUUUUUUUCCAUUUUUAUUUGUCAUGAAUGUCAGUGAAGGGAAAAUCAGAUUUAUUAUUGUUUUCUAGAUUUUCCCAUGGAUAAAAAGAUGUAAACAUAUUACUGAAUUAUGUGGGUUGCUCCUAUAUUUUCAUUGCAUCAGAUUUUCUCACAGCUCGAGAAACCUUUCAAACAUGCAAGGAUUUGGUGCAGGGGAUAUAAUGGUAUUUGCAAAUUACAUUCUAAAUAUUUAAAUUGUUUACAAUAUAAAAAUAAUAAAAAUAUGCAGUGAUUUUAAA